AUGGAAACACGCUGCUCGCACCACAUGGAAAAGCAUACCAAGCACCGACCCGACUGUUCACCAUGCUGUGUGUGUGCGUUUAAGGACCGAACAGCGCACCGUGUGCUUGUGUGCGUAUCCGUGUGGGAGUCAGUGAGCAUGCAGUAAGUUUUUCCGAUUUUCUUCCCUGGAUAAGUCAGCUGGCACAGACCGCAGGUCAGCUCAGGAGGCGCACGGCUUCGGCGAAAAACCACCCCUCCAAAGAUGUGUUAACGUUCCCGUGCUCGUGUGCAGGUGUGUGUUGUGUGUGUGUGUGCGUGGUUGUGUCCGAGAGUGCCAAGUGUGGCUGCAAAACCGAUGCUGUUUGAUACGGUGGCCACAACGGUAGUGCUUCAAAUUGUUAAGCUUCCAUCGCAACUUUCCGGGAGGCAAUCGACAUACCGAGCAUUCCGACCAUCUUCCCACCACCGACAGCAGCUCCAGGCUUUCCAAUAGUCUACAGUUUCGGCUGAAGAAGACGAAGCGAAAGGCGCUAACGCAAACAGACGGCAUCCAGAAUGUCCGCCAUCUACGGCACACGGAUGGAAUCGGACUAUCCGCUGGACGACACGCUCGAGUACUUUAUCAAGUUUCCCUCCCCCAACUUCCGGAGCGACACACAAACGGCCGAAAGUGAUUAUGUGUUCGUGUGCAAUGAAACGAACGUCCCCAUCGUGCUGCUGCUCGGGUGGGCCGGAUGCCAGGACAAGUAUCUGAUGAAGUACUCCAAAAUCUACGAAGACCGUGGACUCAUCACCAUCCGGUACACGGCACCGGUGGAGAAUCUAUUCUGGAAGCGGGCCGGCAUGCAUCAGAUCGGCGAGAAGAUAUUGAAACUCAUCUACGACAUGAACUUCGACAGCCAUCCGCUCAUAUUCCACGUGUUUUCCAACGGAGGAGCCUUCCUGUACCAGCACAUUGCGCUCGCACUGAGAAGGUCCAAGUCGCCGAUUAACAUUUGCGGCAUGAUCUUCGACUCGGCACCGGGCGACCGGCGGAUAGUGGGGCUGUACCGGGCCAUUACGGCGAUCUACGGGAAGGAGCGACGGUGUAAUGCCCUGCUGUCCGCGUUCAUGGCCGUCGCUGCCAUUUUACUGUGGACUUUUGAGGACGCCUUCAAUUAUAUACUCAACUUUAUCAAACCCCGAGGCUACGAAGUACAAACCAAUCCGUCGCACAACUUGAAGUACGAAAGCAAUGCAUGGCCCCAGCUGUUUCUGUACUCGAAGGAGGACCUUUUGAUACCCUAUACUGAUAUAGAAAAAUUUGCCAACUACAGGCGGCGCUGCGGUGUGGACGUGCGCAUGAUUUGCUUCGAGCGUUCCGAGCACGUGAAGCACUACAUCCGCCACCCGCAGCAGUACGUCUACACCGUCUGCAAGUUUAUCAACGAUUGUUUGUCGCACUACUAUGGCAAAUUUCACAACUAAACAAUUACGAAGGAACGAGAGCUUUUGUAGGCGUGGGGCGUAAUGUUGGUUAGCUGUUUUUAAUUUUUCCUUUCUUGUUUUUUUUUUCUUUAAUGUGAUAAACGCACAAAUUCUUAACUGAAGCGCAAACGCCACCGCAGCGAUCUUAACUAUGCGAAACGCACAUUUGCAACACACACACA